GAUGUGUUCCGGUUACUUCCGCGGCCUUAACCAAUAGAAUCAAGAGGCACUCUCAGUCUCCAGCUUGUCAAGGCUUGUUGAGUAGCUAGCUAGUAAAGUAGCUAGCUAAAGAAGCAUCAAAGAAACUGAGCACAAUCUGAUUUCCGAAAUGAGUUUUCUCGCUGGGGUUUCAUCGACGGUUUGGUUGAAAUAACCCUUUCGGGUCGGGAGACCCGGCGUUGUUCGUGAGACUGGGACUGACACGGAAGAAUAUGGAUAUUUGUGUUGCAAUACGAAAGAAGACACAUCACCACCGACUAUUGUUUGUUAAUUAGUUAGCUAGCUAGCUAACCUGAUGGAGAUCCUCCCUGUCCUUUGGAUUAUAAACCUGAUUAUAGACUGGGAAAUCACACUAGUAGUGAACACGAGGAGCUUCGUGUGUGAUCCAGAGUAUAUGGACAUAGCUACUAGCAAGCUAGCUAGGUACACAUCUACUGUACAUAUGUCAAUAGUGGCAAAUGGGUCAACAAUCUCCACCAACUGGUUCACUUGUUAGGCCAGCUAGCUAAUUAAUUAUCCUGAGCUGCCAGGGGUAACAUGCCUUGUCAUUGUUUACAUAUCAAGUAACCUGUUAGUUGUUGACAGUCUCGCUAUCCCUUACGAAAAAAGAUUGCAGUAUAACUGCAGUUCGAGUGCAAUAUAACUGCAGUAUUCUGCAAAUACUGCGUCCAAAAUAAAUAAAAAACAGUUAACUGCAGUAAUUUUGAAGUGUAACUGCAGUUACUGCAUUUCAAGAACUGCAAUCUUUUUUUGUAUCAUAUGGGUUAAUGUGACAAGUUGUUGUCAAUUAACAGUUUUGACAACUAACUUGACAGCUAAACUCAUCAACUGUAGUGGAGACAGCGAUUUGUCAACUCUGAACUCUUGGUGCUUGUCCAUGAGGCCACCCCAUGCAGGUUCAGAAAGAGGAAAUGCAUUGGAUUAUUUGAUUUUUCGGGGGCGUCAUUGAGAGCACAGGAACACCUACUUGUGUACAGACCUGUCAAAGAUUAAAUGGGAGAAAAACUGUUUUGCUCGCCACAGGGUUCUCCUGGCAUUGCCGUGAUGCUGAGAGCCCUACUCCUCACAAGCCUUCUUAGCUGGGCCAGUGGCCAAGAAGGUCCGACCAUGUUACCUGAAGAAAAGACCAAAAUCAGGUGCGAUAACAACCGUCUAUGAUCACACACUCCAGUAUUACCCAAUGCCCACCUCUACUGAGUGGCAAAGUCCAUACUGUGAAGAUGAAGGGACUAAAUCAUUAAACACACCAUCACUAUAUCUAUCCGUCCUCUUGUCUGUUAGAAAUGACUUGGUUAUGUUGAUUUUGUAUAUUUCUUUCUGUUACAGGGACCAGAUUGUUGAGAUGUUUGAUCAUGCCUAUGGCAGCUAUAUGGUAAGUCUGUGUCUGACCACAUAGUUGCUACUUUCAACUACACUGAGCAAAGUUGGAUGUUUCAACCCGUAGCUAUUGCUGUCCAUCUGUUUUACUGACCAUGUCGCAGGCCAGGGCAUGCUGCCAUUUACUGUUUCAGUGUUGUUGAUAUUAGGGCUGUGACGAUACCAGUAUUGCAAUAUUUUUUCCAUGGCAAAAUGAAAACACAAAGCAGACUAAACUCUUUGGUCCUUUAAAAAUAUUUUGUAUGUUAAAUAUUGUGUGCUAUAGCUUGGGAAAUAAAUGAAUGUGACUCUGGAUGAUGACAUAAUGAUGUUUGUCCUGAGUGGCGCAGUGGUCUAAGGCACUGCAUCGCAGUGCUAACUGUGCCACUAGAGAUCCUGGUUCGAAUCCAGGCUCUGUCGCAGCCGGCCGCGACCGGGAGACUCAUGGGCGGCGCACAAUUGGCCCAGCGUCGUCUAGGGUAGGGGAGGGAAUGGCCGGCAGGGAUGUAGCUCAGUUGAUAGAGCAUGGCGUUUGCAACGCCAGGGUUGUGGGUUCGAUUCCCACGGGGGGCCAGUAUAAAAAAAAAAUAUAUGUAAUCACUAACUGUAAGUCGCUCUGGAUAAGAGCGUCUGCUAAAUGACUAAAAUGUAAAUGUAAAUGUUUCCAACAUUAGGGCUGUUUUCCUAAAGAAGUGAAAUCCGCUUCGUGUUUUGUUUCCUUGCCAAAAUCUAACAAAUAUCGCAAUACUGGUAUCGUCCCGGCCCUAGUUGAUAUUGUAUUAUUGCUCAAAUGGCCUCUCUGACUUGACUGUGUGCCAUACACUUGGCCUAUACUUCUAAGUUCAAACCAGUGGAGGCUGCUGAGGGGAGGACGGCUCAUAAUAAUGGCUGGUAUGGAGUCAAUGGAAUGGUAUCAAACAAGUGGUUUCCAUUGGUUGAUACCAUUCCAUUGACUGUAUUCCAGCCGUUACUAUGAGCCGUCCUCACCUCAGCAUCCUCCACUGGUUCAAACGUAUUUAAACAAAUGUUCCUCCUAAUGAGUAUGUGUACCAUACCCUGACUGUGCCCCGCACCCUGAUUCUGCCACAGAAAUAUGCGUACCCAGCGGACGAGCUGAUGCCCCUGAGCUGCAGGGGGAGGGUGCGUGGCCUGGAGCCCAACAGGGGAGACAUCGAUGACUCUCUGGGGAAGUGAGUACAACUGCACGGAAAGCCUUCUCACAACAUGGGGUUUCUCUGAGUUUAGCCUUUGUGGUGUUUUUAGCUGUUUAUUGGCUUACUUUUGUGCUCAAAGGGGUCUCUUGAUGUAUAGAGAGAGAGCCACUCGGCCAACUCAGUCACACAAUGGAUUCAUUAUGCGUCUGUUAUGUCAUCCCCUGUACUGAUGGAGGGAUGGGGGCUAGGUAGAGAAAGAUGUCCCAUGUUUUUCAAGUUGUAAGGCUCAUACGAAAAGGAAAUUAAUUGAGGGGUGUUGUGAAAUCAUGUGGGAAAACCUGUUCUACUCUGUUUGAUUUAGCCUAUAUUAUGAAAAUACAAGGCAGGAACACUUCUCUUAAGAAGGGAAUCUGACCCCUCUCUGAUUCUUCCAUAAGACCUUGUAUAACACACUUAACCUGGAAACGCAAUAGAUGAUGAGACUACAUGGUGAAGCUGACAUGGAGCAGGAUCCAGUUCCUCUACUGUGCACUGCAGUAGGCCAUCCUCCUGACCUGGGUCAUAUUUAUUAAGCACCAAAUGGAAGAAAAUGACUGAAACUGGGAGGGAAUACCUGAACUAGUCCAGUUUUUAUGUUUUUGUUGCAAAACAUUUUGCUAUGGUGUGCCGUAAUGAAUAUAGCCCUGUUUUCUCUCCUAGGUUCUCCCUCACACUGAUCGACACCCUGGAUACCCUAGUGGUGAGUGUCUCAUCCUGUCUGCCUGGCUAUAAUUUUUGCGUCAGCUAUAGUACCACAAAUGUCUAUAGAGAAAUCAAUGAGCAAAUGGGAUCCAUUGUCCCGACAACCCCUCAGAGCCACCCACAUACAGUCAAUGGCAGUAUAGAUUAAAUGGAUAGUCCUCCUUUCUUAUGGUUCUGGAAACCUUAGCAAAAAUAAUUGAAAUGUAGUAAUUCACAGGAAUUAUUCAUAUAGCUAUGUGUUUUCAGGUAAUAUUUUUUUUGCCUAAGUAUUGAAACACUAAUUUAUACGGUCUUUUCCCCUAUUAACGAAUGUUUGUCUUGUGCAUGUGUCCAGGUGUUGAACAAGCUUGAUGAAUUUGAGGAUGCAGUGAGGAGGACAUUGAAGGAUGUCAGGCUGGACAAUGAUGUGGUGGUGUCUGUGUUUGAGACCAACAUCCGAGUCCUGGGGUACUAACCUAUACAAUUCAUUGUCUCACUACUACACAGAACUUCUCCAAGAUUGUGUAUGAUACUGGUUCAAAUGUCUUAUUGACUUUAUGAUAAAAUAACUAUAUGACUUCAUAAUAUAGGGCUGUCAGUGUUUUAUAUUGAGAUUAAUGGGACAUUGUGUGGGCAUUGCCACAUGUUCACCACAAGCUCACCACACCAUCAUCUUGCUGUCCCUACAGGGGCCUGCUGGGGGCGCAUGUGAUGGCGGACAUGCUCCGUCAGCGGGGGGAGAGAAUGCAGUGGUAUGGAGAUGAGCUGCUCCACAUGGCCAAGGAGCUGGGCCACAGACUGCUGCCUGCCUUCAACACCACCAGUGGCCUUCCCUACCCCAGGGUAACACACCUCACUCAGUCUCCACGCUUCUGGUUUUCUCUGUACCCCUGGGUGAAAAGCCUUGUUUAUCAGAACUUCCACAAUGUCACAUGAAUGGAAAAGUAACAAGAUUCAGGUCUGAAUGGACUGUCCAGUCGAAUAUGAAUAGAGGAUUAAAAGUGAUUCAAGAUAGCUUUGUAGUCUUAUUAUUAUCUGACAAUAUGCAUAUAGUACAUAAAAUAUAUUUACUUCUUGUCUGUUUGUUCCCAGGUAAACCUGAGGUAUGGGGUCCUUAACCCCCUGUCACGCACAGGCACUGAGUCGGACACCUGUACAGCCUGUGCAGGGACCAUGAUUCUGGAAUUUGCUGCUCUCAGUCGGCUGUCUGGGGAGGCUGUGUUCGAGGUACAUUAGUAAUUCCAGUAAUAAUCGAUAGUUUUGUAUUUAUUGGCCGGUGUGUAUGAAGAUAAUAUCCCUGUGUUUCUGUGUCCCACAGGAGCAUGCUAGGAAAGCAUUGGACGUCCUGUGGGAGAAGAGACAGAGGGGAAGUGACCUAGUGGGCACCGUCAUCAAUAUCCACAAUGGAGACUGGGUCCGCAGGGGUGAGCUAGAGCUCCACUGUCACACACUCAACCACGCAGAAAACAGACACUCACCUACACCUUCACACAUGGUCACCCACUCUCUCAUUUAAAGUCACAUUUUAGCAGUAGGAACAAACAUUUUAUCACCUUACAUCAUGUGAUGUCGCAUCGUCCCACUCAGUUCCUUUAUAUACCAUUAGUCACUUCCAAUACUACUAGUUUGGUUUGGUUUUGAAUACGCGUCUCAGCCUGGUUGUUAUUUCCAUUAUCUCAGUCAGGUCCUAUAUUAAAAGUACCCCCCCCCCCCCCCCCCCCCCUUCCUCUGUGUAUCUUCAGACAGUGGUGUGGGUGCUGGCAUUGACUCCUACUACGAGUACCUGAUGAAGGCCUACAUUCUACUGGGCGACAACGUUUACCUGGAGAGGUUCAACACUGUGAGACCCACUCUCUACUGUACUAUCACCAUCUGCAGAUGUAUUGCUCUAUGCUUAUAGAUAACACUCCAAUUUCACAGACACCAUUUACAUUUGACAUUCAAAUGCUACCUGCCAUCCAGAUUGCAGAACUAGACAACAAAAAAUAUUCAGAUUAACUGUGGUCAGAUAGUGAUCAGAUGAAAGUAAUCAGAUAAAACAAGAUGCACAUUAUGAUGAAGUGUAAACAGGGUCUCAGUCAAAUCACUGAUCUAACCCCCCAUAUCAAAACGCAUCAUGCAUAAUGUUGGUGUCUUUAGUGACCGCAGCUGUCCGGUGUGUCUCCUACAGCAUUACAGCGCCAUCAUGAAGUACAUCAGCCAGCCUCCGCUGCUACUCAACGUGCACAUGCACAACCCCACAGUGAGCGUCCGCAGCUGGAUGGACUCCCUACUCGCCUUCUUCCCCGGCCUGCAGGUGAGUCCCAUAACACAGCCUCUAUCAUCGCCAUUUGUCAGGGUUAUGGUUAGCCCCUCUGCCUCUAACAAUAUGACGUAGGAUACAUCCCAAAUGGCACCCUAUUCCCUAUACAGUGAACUACUUUUUUUUAUGGGCCCAUAUGAUGCUAUUUGGAAUGCAAGUAUGACAUAAAUGAAUGAUGAGACCCUCUGCUUGUAUCAUGACAUCAUCAUGACCACAUCAUCUCUAUCCACUACAGCAGAAGACCGUUCUCUGGUUUCUAGGUUGAGUUUCUAUCGUUUUAAUAAUAAUAAUAUGCCAUUUAGCAGACGCUUUUAUCCAAAGCGACUUACAGUCAUGUGUGCAUACAUUUUUACGUAUGGGUGGUCCCGGGGAUCGAACCCACUACCCUGGCGUUACAAGCGCCCCAUGCUCUACCAAUUGAGCUACAAAGGACCACAAGGGGGUUUUCAAGGGGGUUGUAUGAUCAAGUAUACUCUCUGAAAGGGAAUCGUUCAUAGUAAAGACUUCCGUAUCAACCACUUCGCUACAGGUUCUGAGAGGAGACCUGAAACCAGCCAUAGAGACCCAUGAGAUGCUCUACCAAGUCACCAAGCAACACAAGUUUCUCCCCGAGGUAAGAAAACGUGACAUUUGAAAUUUGAGUCAAGAGGAUAUCUGCUCUCAGCUCUGCUUGACUGUGGUAUUCCUGACGUUGCAGGCUUUCACCACAGAGUUCAGAGUUCACUGGGGUCAACACCCUCUGAGGCCAGAGUUUGCAGAAAGCACCUACUACCUCUACAAGGUAAUGCAGUUUGGUUUGAGUUCCCACUGUGAAAAGCCUGAGUAAACUGAUUGGGAAUGGGAUAAACCAUGUUUUCCCCUUCCACAGGCCACAGGCGACCCCUACUACCUCAGGGUGGGCCAGUCCAUAGUGGAGAAGCUCAACGCUCAUGCCAGGGUGCCUUGUGGGUUUGCAGCCAUGCAGGAUGUCCGCACAGGGACCCACGAGGACAGGUAGGGGAACGCAGCGAAACAUAUGGGUUCAAAUCUGAAACAUCAGGUCAUCUCCACUGAUUCCUUCUCACUCCAGCCUUCAACUGUGCUGUUUCCAAUAUUACUAAUGGAAGUGUUGGUCUUGAGAAAAUUGAGCUAUUUUAGCAAGAGAGCUCAAAUGACAGCGUUAUGUGACACAUUAUUUGUUCUGUUCAAGUGAUUUCAAACAUUCCCUUUCUCUGUAGGAUGGACUCGUUCUUCCUAGCGGAAAUGUUUAAGUACCUGUACCUUCUGUUCUCUGAGAAGAACCAGCUUCACUUCGACAUCGACGACUACAUCUUCACCACCGAGGCCCACCUGUUGCCUGUCUCCCUGUCCACUUCACAGCCCCCCUGUCGGGGCAACAACACGGUGAGGCUCAGUCAGUUACCAACAGUUAUGUUAUGGUCAAAGGAGCUGAAACUGAUUUGCCAUAUGGUGUCUAUUUGAACCAGCUGCCCAGUUAUGAACAGGUGUUAUGUUAUGGUCAGAAGAACUGAAACUGAUCCGCCAUUUUGUGUCUAUACGUUCCAGGAAGCACCCACUGCCGUGGAGGAGGACCUGUUCACCUACUCGUGUCCCAGCACCCAGACCCUGUUCCCCAACAACCCCUCCUUUGCCAAGACCAUCAGGGACAGCUACAAGUACCUGACUGGGGUGGGCCGGGCUUUCCACGCUUCACCUGACAGGUGUGUCUGUGUCCAAAUGGGUGUUCAUGUGUUGUUGUAAAUAGCUGCAUAUUCACUAAGAUUGAUUGUUUCCAUCUUCCUUCGGUUACAUCCUUUGUGUUAACCCCGCUAGGUGACCCUGACCUAGCUACUGUAUCUCUGAGGGGAUUUGAUUAAGCUGGCCCAGUUCACCGGCUGGGUGGAGUUUGCACCGUGUGAUAAGUGAUUGCAUUUGUUUUGAAACCCGGCUGCCUCCCAGGUGUGAGCCGGGUGGCCCGCUCAAAGCUGAUGGCGGCUCAAAACAAAGUGACAUAUGUCAAGCACGUAGAGCAGGGUUGGGGAGUAAUGGAUUAGUUGUAAUCUGUUUACAUGUAACGCAUUGCAAGAAACGGUAACUGUAAUCCAUUAUGUUACCAGCAGAAAUAUUGUAAUCAGAUUACAGAUACCUUUGAAAAACUAAAUGACUACUUCUAGGAUAACUUUUAAAUUCAAAGGAUGUUUGCCUUUGAAAAAAGGUGAAAGUUUAAGUUUGUUCCACCUGAGCAAGUCUGACCACAAGUCAGAGACCACAAUGAUGACACACCAAAUGUGUUUGAUGGAUUGCGGGAUAAGAGCAGGAAUAGGCUUUUGUAGGCUACAGUCCAAGCUAUGUCUUCCAAUGGUGCAACUGCUGUCGGCAUCCAAAGAUUAUCCAACUUGAAUAAACUCUUGGAGGUAAGGACGACAGCAGUGGUGUAGCCUACGGGCGAUAUGGAUAUCACUUAUUAUUGAUAUCUACUGUACAUAGCGCAUUGAUGUGAUUCACAUGGCUGCUCUCUCAUUUAGCUAUUUGCGCCUUACGGAUGGAUUGUGGUUGUUGUGGAUGGCUGUUCACAAAUGUAUAGGCCUAUGUGUAUUUGAACACAUAUAAUGGUUGAAUUGAAUGAGUUUAAGCUACCUACAGUGGGGAAAUAACGUAUUUAGUCAGCCACCAAUUGUGCAAGUUCUCCCACUUAAAAAUAUGAGAGAGGCCUGUAAUUUUCAUCAUAGGUACACGUCAACUAUGACAGACAAAUUGAGGGAAAAAAAUCCAGAAAAUCACAUUGUAGGAUUUUUAAUGAAUUUAUCUGCAAAUUAUGGUGGAAAAUAAGUAUUUGGUCACCUACAAACAAGCAGGAUUUCUGGCUCUCACAGACCUGUAACUUCUUCUUUAAGAGGCUCCUCUGUCCUCCACUCGUUACCUGUAUUAAUGGCACCUGUUUGAACUUGUUAUCAGUAUAAAAUACACCUGUCCACAACCUCAAACAGUCACACUCCAAACUCCACUAUGGCCAAGACCAAAGAGCUGUCAAAGGACACUAGAAACAAAAUUGUAGACCUGCACCAGGCUGGGAAGACUGAAUCUGCAAUAGGUAAGCAGCUUGGUUUGAAGAAAUCAACUGUGGGAGCAAUUAUUAGGAAAUGGAAGACAUACAAGACCACUGAUAAUCUCCCUCGAUCUGGGGCUCCACGCAAGAUCUCACCCCGUGGGGUCAAAAUGAUCACAAGAACGGUGAGCAAAAAUCCCAGAACCACACGGGGGGACCUAGUGAAUGACCUGCAGAGAGCUGGGACCAAAGUAACAAAGCCUACCAUCAGUAACACACUACGCCGCCAGGGACUCAAAUCCUGCAGUGCCAGACAAAUCCUGCAGUGCUCAAACCCUGCUUAAGCCAGUACAUGUCCAGGCCCGUCUGAAGUUUGCUAGAGUGCAUUUGGAUGAUCCAGAAGAGAAUUGGGAGAAUGUCAUAUGGUCAGAUGAAACCAAAAUAUAACUUUUUGGUAAAAACUCAACUCGUCGUGUUUGGAGGACAAAGAAUGCUGAGUUGCAUCCAAAGAACACCAUACCUACUGUGAAGCAUGGGGGUGGAAACAUCAUGCUUUGGGGCUGUUUUUCUGCAAAGGGACCAGGACGACUGAUCCGUGUAAUGAAAGAAUGAAUGGGGCCAUGUAUCGUGAGAUUUUGAGUGAAAACCUUCUUCCAUCAGCAAGAGCAUUGAAGAUGAAACGUGGCUGGGUCUUUCAGCAUGACAAUGAUCCCAAACACACCGCCCGGGCAACGAAGGAGUGGCUUCGUAAGAAGCAUUUCAAGGUCCUGGAGUGGCCUAGCCAGUCUCCAGAUCUCAACCCCAUAGAAAAUCUUUGGAGGGAGUUGAAAGUCUGUGUUGCCCAGUGACAGCCCCAAAACAUCACUGCUCUAGAGGAGAUCUACAUGGAGGAAUGGGCCAAAAUACCAGCAACAGUGUGUGAAAACCUUGUGAAGACUUACAGAAAACGUUUGACCUGUGUCAUUGCCAACAACGGGUAUAUAACAAAGUAUUGAGAAACUUUUUUGUUAUUGACCAAAUACUUAUUUUCCACCAUAAUUUGCAAAUAAAUUCAUUAAAAAUCCUACAAUGUGAUUUUCUGGAUUUUUUUUCCUCAUUUUGUCUGUCAUAGUUGACGUGUACCUAUGAUGAAAAUUACAGGCCUCUCUCAUCUUUUUAAGUGGGAGAACUUGCACAAUUGGUGGCUGACUAAAUACUUUUUUUCCCCACUGUAUCAAUCAUUGUUUUUGCAACCAGUGGACAGCCAGUGAAAAAUGCACUCUUGCAACAGCUUCAUAGUGCGGUUCGCAGCCUAUUGAAUAAAAGUUUCCGGAUUUCCUCCGUUCUAAACUCCUCCUUGGUAUAUUGUGCUCCAGUCCAUAGUGUCAAAAACGUGUUUAAUUUAAGAAGGGUGGGACUUUAAUUGCUCAAUCUAAUUCCUGCUGUUAAAAAGAAAAAACAUCCAUAGACCUAAUGGGCAUGUGCUCAAACUCACACACUUUUGAUAGAUUUAAACGGCUGCAAAUGAUCGAGAUAUGAAAGUGUCACCCCAAAAAAAGUCAACAAAAGGCCUAUAGCAAAUGCCGCAUAUGGCAUUACAUUUUCACAUGCAAAUAGCACUUUCCUGUAGUGCGCAAAGCAUGCCAUUCCAUGAGAGCAGCAUUUUUUUCCUUCAACUCUAAGCAAUGAGCCCAAUCAAUCCUCCAUGACAACAAAAUCAUAAACAACAGAGUAGGCUAAUAAAUCCUUAGUAGUUGGGUUAUUCUCAGGUAAAACAAUUUGGGAAAUCUAUAUUUCCAAGUCCUGUUUUUGAAGAUCAAGGGAUAUUAAAUUGAUUGGAAUGACUGGAAAUCUGACAGACUUUUGUUUUUAAUGUAAAGAGAUAAUAUGAUUAGGCUAUCUGUAGUAGAAAGCAAUGGGUUAGAAGAAGCCUACAUAACCAACACAUAUAGUCAAAUGAAACAUAAUUAAUGGCCAGCUAUUUAAACUCUUUAUAUAUGUCCUUCACGCGCACUUCACAGAGGAGGCGUUCCCUAACGGAAAUAUGCAAAUACAUUCUACAACGCGCCAAUAGUAUCUCGCUAGCUCGUGCUUGGCUUUGCCUGCCCACCUUACUUGUUCUGCCCACUAUGCUUCAUUUUCUCCCACUAUAAACGACACAGAUUAACUAUCUUGGGUUAGUUAUAAAUAUCUUUGGCGACGUCAUACCAGCCAAAUGUCUCCCUUCUUGAACGGCAAUAGCUCAGAUACACAGUAAUGACCCCGGGAAUCGAUAGAACAUCGCUCAGAGAUUAAUAAAAAUAAAAUAAUGUUCAAAAUGGGUGAGUCUUUCCUUUUUAAAGGUAAAGUAAUCUAAGAGUAACUGAAAGUAAUCAGAUUACGUUAGAGUUUGGGUAAUCCAAAAGUUACGUUACUGAUGACAAUUUUGGACAGGUAACUAGUAACUAACGGAUUACAUUUAGAAAGUAACCUAUCCAACCCUAACAUGGAGUAAUGACUAAGGAUUCCAAGUUUUCACAUGCUCCCCUGAUAAAAACAUGUGCUUUAUCUGCCUUCUUGAGGAAAACUAGUUUGAAAAUUGUAACACAUAUAUACAUUUUGUGUGUUUCUGAGCAUUGCACCAUGCUGCCUUGUUGACGAUAUGACCAGGCGGCGGAGAUUACUAUUCGAUUUGAGAAGGGCCUCCCUCACCGCUUUCGCCCGGGGUGUACCCGAGUUCAGCUUAAUCAAACUCCCUAUCUGAUGAUGAAUGUGUGUGUUUGCAGGGGCAUCGAGCUGCCGCUUCACGACCACGGUAUGGAGCCAGUGGAGUUUCUGAGGAGCAUGGGCAUCUCCCUCACCCCACUGAAUGAGGCUGUGGCUGGGGCAACAGAGACACAUGGGGUAAGAUGAUUGAGCAGCUUUUUUAUCUAUAGCACUCUAUUGCCUCUAGGUGUGCAUCCCAAAUGACACCCUUUUCCCUAUAUAGUGCACUACUUGUGACCAGAGCCCUAUGGGCCAUGGUCAGAAGUAGUGCACUAUAUAGGGAAUAGGGUGCAAUUUGGGAUGUGGCCUAGCACUCUAUUUUCUCUAUUGCUUAGCAGGGCAACAUUACCCUGUCUCUCUCAUGCUUCUGUGUAAUUAAUGUCACCAAUGUCUUUCUUUUAAGGAGGCACAUAAAGGUGUUUACAGGGUGAAACUGGUGGCAGAGGUGACCCAGACCCCAGAGGAGGAAGUAGUACCCCUCAUCGUUCAGCUCAUAUCCCCCCCAUUUCUGGGUAGAACAGUCCUGACUGCUGGACCAGCCAAGUUUGGAAUGGACCUUAUCAAGCAGGAGCAUGGGGUGAGCUUUCUUGAAUCUUGCAUUUAUUUGUAUUUGCUUUCUAUGUCACUCAGAAUAUUGAUAAAAGACGGGCAUGCACCUCUUAGUCCCCUUAAAUGUAUCACCCAAAGACUCAAAUGAAAUAUUUACCCAUGUCAGUAUUAGUUUUUGAUAUUUCUGGAGCUCUUUGGACUUCUGCAUUUGUCACUACUGUAUGGAGUAUUUACAGGAAUCUCUCCUCCCUUCUCUCACUCUCACACACACACACCCUGUUCCUCUCCCAGGUGAAGGGCAGCAUCGUGAAGACCUCUCCCUACACAGCAUGUGGGCCCAUAGAGAAUGCUGAGGAGCUGAGUGGGCACAUUGCCCUGGCACUGCGUGGCGACUGCAUGUUUGCUGCCAAGGCCCGCAGGCUACAGGAGGCUGGGGCUAUCGGAGUCAUCUUCAUAGGUGAGGGAAAAAGACAAACACACACCAAUUCUGCCUCUCUCUCUCUCAUAUUACACCCACUCACAGACCAUAAUAUCAGGACACAGCCUGUUACUCUGCUGUAAGAGUCAGGAGCUUAGGGAAAGAGCUUAGUGGGGCCUAACCUAGUUUGAGAAGGCCAUAUUGGUCUGCAUUGUUACAGUGCACUACUUACUUGUAGUGAAGAACCCAAAUGGUAGAUAUUGGGGUACCAUCACUAAUUUUUGUGAGUUUACAUUAGUUCUGUGUUUUACCCCUCUAAGAUCAGUUAGUCCUCAAACGGGCUUUGAUUGAUAUGGCAUUCCUCUUUGAUUCAUGUCACUCACAAGCCUUCCCUACAAAACUAAAUUUCCCUUGUUUCCCCGUCCCUCCUAGACCACCGGGAGGGGAGUAACAGUGCAGCGACGCCCCUGUUCCAGAUGGUGGGAGACGGAGGGUCCACGGCUGACAUCACCAUCCCUCUGGUUUUCCUGUUCAGCCAGGAGGGGGCGCUGCUCACCUCUGCUUUGGAGGAUCACAGCAACGUAGAUGUACUGAUGCUGCCCAAAGAGCGACAGCUAGGUAAGAGAGCAGGUAAGAGAGGGGGUCUGUGCAAAGCAUGUGGUCUAGCGGUCAGUCACAUAUAAUGCUCCCUGCCGGAGACCAGGGUUCAAUUACCGCAUCUAUACGUCCUGCUGUUCUCCUACUUGCCUGUCCCCCCGUCUGUUGCCAACAGUCUAAAUAAAGCAUAAAAUGUAAUCAACAUUUUAAAACAAUAUUUAAAAAGAGGUGGCCUGGCUAUGGGGGUUCAUUAUGAGGGGGAAGAGUUCUAAAUUUAGCAAAGGUCAAACAGCCCAAAAGCCUCACUCACGUUUAAUUCUGAACUUUAGUAUCGGUUGUUUGGGUUCAAUGAAAAAAAAAAAACAUUCUAACUUAAAUGCUAGAUGUUUGAGGUGUAACAGAUUACAUGUUUGACACUUACACUGUCUCUCCCUCUGUCCCCCUGUCUUCCUUUCUCUCUCUGUCUCCCUCCUGAUCACUACUCUCCAGACAAAGCAGACAAGCCCCUGGGGAAGAUGAACAUCAAGUUCCGCCUGGCAGAAGAGGGGGAGCUAGAGGAGGGGGAGGCCAGAGGCCCCACCCUGAAGUUUGUCCUGGAGAAGGGAGAGGUGGUGUUGGAGGAAGAGGAGUACAGACAGCAAGGAGACAGCUGCUUAACAGCUGGUGGCGAUCAUGUACCAUGUUCUUACGGACAAACUGCUGCCUCGCCUCCCUUCCACAGCCCCAACGACCCCAAUACAGACCCCUGA